GAUAAAAAUCCACACGUUCUAUUUGGUCGGCUGAUAUUAUACAUGUAUACGUUCUUUGUUGAUAGACGAUAUUGGAAUUUGGACAUUGCGGAGCACGCAUGCGUUAUUUAUCAUAUGAUCGAAAAAAAAACUGACAUGAUCAUGUCGACAUUUUCGGAAAACAAUAAUUUUUUUUGUUUGUUUCACAUCAAUAAUAAAAACAUACAUUUCAAAUUUCAAAUUUAAUCAUGGAUACAACGCCCAUUUUUUCCGGAAAAUCUCGUUCCAGUUUUCUGGAUAAAUCAAUAGAAAAAACUAAAUCCAGAUCAGAUCAAAUUAGUUUAAGCGCAUUUGCCUUUUUAUUUGCUGAAUUAGUACAAUAUUGUGAAAAUCGUGUACAAUUAGCAUCGGAAAUGCAAUCUAAAUUAUCGGAAAUUGGCUAUAAUGUUGGCCAACGAAUUGUUGAUAUGAUGUUGAUAAGGGAAAAAAAUUUUAAACGUGAAACACGACUAAUUAAUAUGUUGAUAUUCAUUCGAAGUAAAGUAUGGCCAAUGUUAUUUGGUAAAGAAGCGGAUAAAUUGGAACAAGCUAAUGAUGAUAAGAAUACAUAUUAUAUAAUCGAACGUGAACCAAUAGUGAAUAAAUUUAUAUCGGUACCAAAGGAUAAAAAAUAUAUUAAUUGUGCCUCUUUUAUUGGUGGUAUAAUCGAAGCCAUAUUGAACGAAUGUAAUUUUCCCGCAAAAAUCACUGUACAUUGGCACGAAGGAACCACUUUUAUGAUCAAAUUUGAUGAUUCAGUCAUCGAAAGAGAUCAACUAAUUGAAAAAUAAUGAUCAACAAUUAAUGUAAAUGUGUAUUUGUGUGUCUAUGUUUUUUUUACAAUCUCUGGUCAUC